AUGAUGCGUUGUCUUGUUGGAGUCAUGCAGCCCUUUGACAAAAUGUCUGCACCGGCAUCCAGUUCCAAGAGGUCGCACGGACCAGCAGCGCACAGUGCUGACAGACUCAGCAGCCUUCCUGACCCGCUGCUCCAUCUCGUGAUGUCCUUCCUGCCGAUGCGAGAAGUCGUGCGCACAAGCUUGCUCUCGCCAAGGUGGCGCGAUCUCUGGGCCUCCGUGCCCUUCAUCCACCUAGAUUUCAAGGAAUUUGUGGAUGCUACUGCUGAUUCUUUUGUUAUUGGUGUUGAUGAUCAUGAUUGGUUGAAGCUGGAUGAGAAUAGGCUGCAGAAGUUUGGGGACCACUUGCUACUCUUGCGUGAUGGCGCGGUGCCCUUGGAUGAGGCUCGGAUCUUUAUUGGAGGUGCUGAUUUGUCUGACAAAUAUGAUUUGUGGAUUCAUCAUGCCAUCAAGCAUAAAGCUCGGCUGCUUCAUGUUUAUGCUCAUCGCUUCCUCCGAGUAGAAUUCAAUGAUAGAUCGAUGAUUCGUUCUCAGCACCUGAAAAUAAUCAGGCUCCAAGAAGUCACUUUGACUGACACAUCCCUUAGGCCACUGAAUUUUUAUUUCCCUGUGCUUGAACAUCUAGAGCUGGACUGUUGCAUUGUCAACUGUGUGAAGAAUAAGAUCUCAUCGAGGUCACUGCAGACUAUACGUAUAACCUGCUGCGAAGUCUUCGGAGAUCUUGAGAUUUGUGCUCCGAAUCUGAACCAUCUGUACAUCCUCGACCCAGUUUUUGGAGGGCAUGCUAUAGUAACAAGGGAUCUGUAUUCUCUAGUUACAGCUUCAAUAAGUCUAAGUGCCUUGGAGCUGUAUCAUGGUAUACUUGACGGCCUCUCACGUGUCACAACCUUGGAGCUACAUGCACCAUUACUUGAGAAGCCCACGCGAGAGAGGUGUUUGGAAACAUGCCCGGUGUUCAGCAACCUCAUAAGCCUGGUGCUUGGCGAAUGGUGCAUGGCCUCCAACUUCUCUCCUAAACUGAAGUAUCUGACCUUUAAGCUCAGAAUGGACCAGCUUCGACCAUGCAAGGCUGCUGAGCGUGAUCGGUCACCAAGAGGGGACUCGUCGUUGGGCGGCUAUCCUAGCAUCGAGAGGACCAUGAUCUACUGCGGCAAAGAUGAUCCAAGAGUCAGCGCGUUGGUGAAGGUGCUGCUACCGAUUGUCAUCCCAGGCGGGGAAAUCAGCAUCAAAGGUCACUAG